AUUUCCGAAAAUUGAGCGGCGGAGCCACUUAUCUCCCGCCGCCCCAAGCUCCGAUUGACUCCCCGGCGACCACGCGAAGCCGCUUUGUCCGCCGCCAAUUGAUCGCCCUUAUAUAUAGCUACUACUAGGAGAAUAAAGCAGAAAUCAAGAAGUGGAAAGCCAAUUGCAGAGAAUAUGGCUCCUCCAAUCUUCAUAAUAUUGGCAUCUCUACUCAUCCUAUCUAUUCUUGCCUCUUUUAUCACCCAAACCAAGAAGAAAAGACCCCCCGGGAGCUUCGGAUGGCCGGUCAUAGGCGAGUCGUUGGAGUUCCUCCGCGCAAGCCGCAGAGGGAGACCAGACGAGUUUGUGUUGGACAGGUGCAAGAAGUACGGCUCGGACGUGUUCAAGACUCACCUGAUGGGAGAGCCGGUCGCCGUCCUGAGGGGCCCGGCCGGGAACAAGUUCUUGUUCAGCAACGAGAACCGGCUCGUGGCGUCGUGGUGGCCGGCCUCCGUGCAGAAGCUGCUCGGAGUUUGUUUGGCGAAUUCCGCGGGCGAAGACGCCAGACGAACGAGGAAGCUCGUGUCGUACUUUGUGGGCCCGGACGCGCUCCAGCGGCUCUACCUCAAGACCACGGAUUUCGUCACUCGGCAGCACAUUCGGUCUCGGUGGCACGACGAGUCGGAGUUGAAGGUGCUCCCCCUCGCCAAAACGUACACGUUCGAGCUCGCGUGUCGCCUCUUCAUGAGCGUCGAAGACCCGCGCCAGAUAAACCGGCUUUCCCGCCUCUUCAAUGUUUUCCUCAAGGGGAUCAUAUCGCUCCCGAUUAACCUCCCCGGGGCGCGAUUCGGCCGCGCAAUGCGGGCGACCGCUUUGAUUCGGGAGGAGCUUCUAGGGGUUGUGAAGAAGAGAAGAGAAGCUCUGAAGUCGCGCCCCUCCUCCCAGGGGCGCGAUCUUCUCUCCCAUUUGCUUCUCACCCCCGACGAGGACGGGAACUUCAUGCCCGAACUCCACAUCGCGAACAACAUACUCCUACUUUUGUUCGCAGGCCACGACACGUCCAGCGUCGCUAUCACUCUCCUCAUCAAGAAACUCGGAGAGCUACCGAACGUUUACGAGGAGGUUUUUCGAGAGCAGAGAGAAAUCGCGGCGUCGAAAGAGGAAGGGGCGGUUCUGGAUUGGGAUGACAUACAGAAGAUGAGGUACUCGUGGCACGUCGUCUCCGAAGUCAUGAGGCUAUACUCCCCCAUCUUUGGGGCCUUCAGGGAGGCGCUCGAGGACGUAAACUACGAGGGCUACAUCAUACCCAAAGGCUGGAAGUUCUACUGGAAUGGCCCGGUCACGCACCUCGAUGGGGGGUUAUUCCGAGACCCGGCGUGCUUCGACCCAUUGAGGUUUGAAGACGACGGGCCCGCACCUUACACAUAUGUUCCGUUCGGGGGAGGCCCGAGGAUGUGCUUGGGGAAAGAGUUUGCUCGCCUCGAGAUACUCACGUUUUUGCACCAUCUGGUGACGCGGUUUCGGUGGAGCUUGCUCGUGCGUGACGAGAAGAUCGAAUAUGACCCCAUGCCCGUCCCGGUCGAAGGCCUUCCCAUUCGUCUUCAUGCUCACAAACAAUGAAACUCUUUUAUUCGCCGGUGGGCGUUGUGCAGUUGGCGAAGCUAAGACAAGAAGUGUCAAUGGAGUAAGACUCGAGUUCAAUUCGUAACAACUGCGUUGUGAGGCAACUAUGUUAAGCUGUUAAGCAUGUGGCCUCUGAAAGUACUCAGUGUAGGUUCCACUCUUUGCCACCAAUCUGCAAUAUAAUAAAUGUCAAUUUUAAUUCUUCUUAGUAACCGUUCGGCCGGGUUUGAGAGGAGAGGGCCCUCGGGAGGUGAGGCUCAUUUUUUUAAUGAAACUCUUUUAUUUAGUGGUCACUUUUUAUUGGUC